AUGCAGCAAAAUAUGAAAAAACUCGACCAGGAAGAAGCUGGAUGGGUUCUGUGGGGUGUUAUGGGUUCAAAAAGAGCACACAAACAGUCAGAACAGAAGCUACUGAGUCGAAUGGAGCUAGCGGAAUUGUGUCGACGGGCAGAACAUUAUGUGGUUACUAUGGGAGGUGGAAGGGAUCAGGCAGUGGUAUGUUUGGCACAUCGUGGUGUUACUCUGCAUCUUGAUUUCUCAAGCGUCUCGGUAAAAAGUUACCCAGUCAACGUACUUGGUGCUUCUGCUGCUGGACUUACAUUCGUUGUAGCAAAUAGCUUGAAGCAGGCAUUGAGGACGACGACUGGAGAAAUAUAA